AUUUCUAGGCGCACCAGUACAACGAACACCACCUCAAAAACCAAACCUCCCUCCACACAAAAUGAACCCUUUGUUGCUUUGUCUUCUAACUCUUCUUCUUGUCUCCCAUCCUUGCCUUUCUUCUUCUUCUUCAUCUGAACUGUUUGAAGCUUGGUGCAAACAGUAUGGCAAGUCAUACUCUUCAGAACAAGAAAAGCUCUACAGGCUUAGUGUGUUUGAGCAAAAUCUUGCCUUCAUUACUCAACACAAUGAUUUGGGCAAUUCUUCUUACACCCUUUCUCUUAAUUCAUUUUCUGAUCUUGCCCACCACGAGUUUAAGGCCUCUCUGUUAGGAUUUUCGCCUACGUUUCUCAGACUAAACCGGAAAUCAGACCCAAAACCCAGUGCGGUUCGUGAUGUUCCUUCUUCGAUUGAUUGGAGGAAGAAUGGAGCUGUGAGCAAUGUUAAAGAUCAAGGCAGUUGUGGUGCUUGUUGGUCCUUUUCAGCAACUGGUGCCAUUGAAGGUAUCAACAAGAUUGUCACUGGAUCGCUUGUCAGCCUCUCCGAACAAGAGUUGAUUGAUUGUGACAGAGUUUAUCCAAAUAGCGGCUGUGAUGGUGGACUGAUGGACGAUGCAUUUCAGUUUAUCAUAGAUAACAAUGGGAUUGACACUGAGGAGGAUUACCCGUAUCGAGGUGUGGAUGGCACUUGCAAUAAGCAAAAGUUGAAGCGGCAUGUUGUGACAAUUGAUGGCUAUACUGAUGUGCCCGCAAAUGAUGAGGAACAACUCCUACAGGCUGUGGCAAGGCAACCUGUGAGUGUAGGUAUAGCUGGCAGUGGCAGGGAAUUUCAGUUCUACUCAAAGGGGAUUUUUGCUGGUCCUUGUUCAACUUCUUUGGAUCAUGCUGUAUUAAUUGUAGGUUAUGGUUCAGAAAAUGGGGUGAACUAUUGGAUUGUAAAGAAUUCAUGGGGUAAGAACUGGGGAAUGAAUGGCUAUAUUCACAUGCUGCGUGAUCAUAGCAAUUCCAAAGGGGUCUGCGGAAUCAACAUGUUGGCUUCAUAUCCAACAAAGACUGGGGAAAACCCUCCUUUUCCCCCGCCUUCCCCUCCUCCAGGUCCAACUAAAUGUGAUAUCUUUUCCAAGUGUGGAGUUGGGGAAACCUGCUGCUGUGCAAAGAAGUUUUUUGGAAUAUGCCUUUCUUGGAGAUGCUGCGAGCUAGCCUCUGCUGUUUGCUGUCAGGAUCGACUUCACUGUUGCCCCCAUGAUUAUCCUAUUUGUGAUACAGAGAGGAACUUCUGCCUCCAGGCUAACGGGAAUUUAACAAUGAAAGCAAAUGAGAGUAGAGGCAGUUUGGGAAAGUCAAGCCGAUCGAAAGCAAAGUUGUUCUAUUGGUAAUGACCAAAGGUAUGUCAUAUUUGUUGUCAGCAGAUGAGACUAUUCUUCUGUAUAUAACUCGGAAACAAAAUAGUCCUGUUGUAAGCGCACCAAAUUCAAUGUUAAAAUAUUUCGUUGAUCAUGUAAUGUCUUCAACUCAACGUAUAUGAAUAAAAUUAAAAGUAUCUCUGUCCUAUCAA